GACUCACUUCGGAUAUUUCCGCGGUCCUUCGGACCUUUUCCGUCUAGCUCUCGCUUAGAGCGCUCCAUUUCGGGUUUUUCCGUCACCCGCUCGGAGGUAUUCGGCUAUCGCUCGGCCUCCCCAUCCCCCGGUAACGGUCGCUGGUGAGUUUAAAUGAGCCGGGGCUGGCCGAGCCGAGCCGCUACGGUGGGAGUGCCUGAGGCACUGCAGAAAGUGGGCCUGAGCCGCUAGGAUGACCGUGCUGCAGGAACCCGUGCAGGCUGCUAUAUGGCAAGCACUAAACCACUAUGCUUACCGAGAUGCAGUUUUUCUCGCAGAACGACUGUAUGCAGAAGUGCACUCAGAAGAAGCCUUGUUUUUGCUGGCAACCUGUUAUUACCGCUCAGGAAAGGCAUAUAAAGCAUACAGACUCUUAAAAGGACAUAGUUGUACCACACCACAAUGUAAAUACCUGCUUGCAAAGUGUUGUGUUGACCUCAGCAAGCUUGCAGAAGGGGAACAGAUCCUGUCUGGUGGAGUGUUUAAUAAGCAGAAAAGCCAUGAUGAUAUUGUUACUGAGUUUGGUGAUUCAGCUUGCUUUACCCUUUCAUUGUUGGGACAUGUAUAUUGCAAGACAGAUCGGCUUGCCAAAGGAUCAGAAUGUUACCAAAAGAGCCUUAGUUUAAAUCCUUUCCUCUGGUCUCCCUUUGAAUCCUUAUGUGAAAUAGGUGAAAAACCAGAUCCUGAUCAAACAUUUAAAUUAACAUCUAUUCAGAACUUCAGCAACUGUCUACCCAACUCUUGUACAACACUAGUAUCUAAUCAUAGUUUAUCUCAUAGACAGCCUGAGACAGUUCUUACUGAAACACCCCAGGACACAAUUGAAUUAAACAGACUGAAUUUAGAAUCUUCCAACUCAAAGUACUCCUUGAAUACAGAUUCCUCAGUGUCUUACAUUGAUUCAACUGUAAUUUCACCAGAUGCUGUCCCUCUUGGAACAGGCACUUCUAUAUUAUCUAAACAGGUUCAAAAUAAACCAAAAACUGGUCGAAGUUUAUUAGGAGGACCAGCUGCUCUUAGCCCACUAACCCCAAGUUUUGGGAUUUUGCCAUUAGAAACCCCAAGUCCUGGAGAUGGAUCCUAUUUACAAAACUACACUAAUACACCUUCUGUAAUUGAUGUGCCAUCUACCGGAGCACCUACAAAAAAGUCUGUUGCCAGAAUGGGCCAAACUGGAACAAAGUCUGUCUUCUCACAGAGUGGAAAUAGUCGAGAGGUCACUCCAAUUCUUGUUGCACAAACACAAAGUUCUGGCCCACAAACAAGUACAACACCUCAGGUAUUGAGCCCCACUAUUACAUCUCCCCCAAAUGCACUGCCUCGAAGAAGUUCACGACUUUUUACUAGUGACAGCUCUACAACCAAGGAAAAUAGCAAAAAAUUAAAAAUGAAGUUUCCACCUAAAAUCCCAAACAGAAAAACAAAAAGUAAAACUAGUAAAGGAGGAAUAACUCAACCUAACAUAAAUGAUAGCCUGGAAAUUACAAAAUUGGACUCUUCUAUCAUAUCAGAAGGGAAAAUAUCCACAAUCACACCUCAGAUCCAGGCUUUUAAUCUACAAAAGGCAGCAGCAGAAGGUUUGAUGAGCCUUCUUCGUGAAAUGGGGAAAGGUUAUUUAGCUUUGUGUUCAUACAACUGCAAAGAAGCUAUAAAUAUUUUGAGCCACCUACCUUCUCACCACUACAAUACUGGUUGGGUACUGUGCCAAAUUGGAAGGGCUUAUUUUGAACUUUCAGAAUACAUGCAAGCUGAAAGAAUAUUCUCAGAAGUUAGAAGGAUUGAAAAUUACAGAGUUGAAGGCAUGGAGAUCUACUCUACAACACUCUGGCAUCUUCAAAAAGAUGUUGCUCUUUCAGUUCUUUCAAAAGAUUUAACAGACAUGGAUAAAAAUUCACCAGAGGCCUGGUGUGCUGCGGGGAACUGUUUCAGUUUACAACGUGAACAUGAUAUUGCAAUUAAGUUUUUCCAGAGAGCUAUCCAGGUUGAUCCAAAUUAUGCUUAUGCCUAUACUCUACUAGGGCAUGAGUUUGUAUUAACUGAAGAAUUAGACAAAGCAUUAGCAUGUUUCCGAAAUGCUAUCAGAGUGAAUCCUAGACAUUACAAUGCAUGGUAUGGUUUAGGAAUGAUUUAUUACAAGCAAGAAAAAUUUAGCCUUGCUGAAAUGCAUUUCCAGAAAGCACUUGAUAUCAACCCUCAAAGUUCAGUUUUACUUUGCCACAUUGGAGUAGUUCAACAUGCACUAAAAAAAUCUGAGAAGGCUUUGGAUACCCUAAACAAAGCCAUUGUUAUUGAUCCCAAGAACCCUUUAUGCAAAUUUCACAGAGCCUCUGUUUUAUUUGCAAAUGAAAAAUAUAAGUCUGCUUUACAAGAACUUGAAGAAUUGAAACAAAUUGUUCCCAAAGAGUCCCUCGUUUACUUCUUAAUAGGAAAGGUUUACAAGAAGUUAGGUCAGACACACCUUGCCCUGAUGAAUUUCUCUUGGGCUAUGGAUUUAGAUCCUAAAGGAGCCAAUAACCAGAUUAAAGAGGCAAUUGAUAAGCGCUAUCUUCCAGAUGAUGAGGAGCCAAUAACUCAAGAAGAGCAGAUCAUGGGAACAGAUGAAUCCCAGGAGAGCAGCAUGACAGAUGCAGAUGACACACAACUUCAUGCAGCAGAAAGUGAUGAAUUUUAACUUCUGGAAAUCAUUUGCAACCAGAUGCGUGACUAGUGCUGACAUGUUUCUUGUCCCUCCAUAUACUGAGUCUUCACUCUUGAGCCGGCAGUGUCAUCAUCUAUCACUUAUACCAUGAGUGUGCCACUUUCAUUGGACCCUGACUGUACACAGAAUGAAAGGCAGUGCAAUAUUUAGCUGCUAAAAGACUGGCUCUUUUACCAGUAUAAAUGACAAUUUUGGGGAGUAGGGUGGGGAACUUUUCUGUUUUUCUUUAAUCUCCCUUAGUUGGAAAGCUAUCAUGGAAGGAAAAGUUAUGUUUUAUCUUGAAGGAACCAUUAGAUAUGGAAAAUAGUGAUGAACUAGAAUUUCUUGGCCAUUUUCCAAAAAUUUUGUUUUUAUUUGGUUCUGUUCCUGAUAAACAAACUGACCUUCAUUUCUAGGUUCUUCAAGAAUGGUGUUAGCAAGUGCCAGAUGGAACAAUAAAAGACAUUGCCUAUAACAGUAACUUGAUUGCCAAGGAAUGUAAAUUACCUUAAAGUUGCAGUGUCUCAAAUGUAAUGGGCAUAUUGGGACUUGUAUGUAGGAAUCAAAUAUCCCUCCAUACAGUGUACACUUAUUCUUGGCAAGAAUGCUUUAAAUGUAACCAAGAAUUUUAAUUUAUUCACCUUGCUUCAAAGUGUUGAUCAUUGUUGUCAUGGUAUUGCAAACUUAAAAUUUGUCGUUACCAUAUUGCCUCUUCUCUUUGAGCUCUUUGGGAUCACCUUUAACAUUCAUAGAUGAGAGUGGUUCCUUACUGAAAAGCCAAAACAAGGCCCUUAAUGACCACUUAAAUUCACCAUGAGAAUCAGUAUGAGAACACUAUAGAGAGACUUUAAGAGAUCAUGAUAGCAAAAGCCUUAAUACAAUCAAAAUUGUACCAUAAUCUUGAAUCUACAUUUGUUCAAGACAGUAUCCCUUUGAUUUCUAAGUGUAUAAGUAGAGUGCUGGAAUGUAUGGUUACCUUUCAUGAGGUUAAUUCCAUUCUUUCUAGCUCUCUGCUUCCAAUUAUUUUCAGCAUUGUGAGUCAUCAAAACUAAUAUUGAUACUAAUUUAAUUUAGGAUAUCAGAAAUUUUUAGCCUUGG